AUGGACAGUCAGUCCAAGAUAACCACCGAAUCCGUCCUGUCUGGACUCAACCUUUUCAUCUGUCCAGAUGGCAAAUUGACUGUGAUUGGCUUAGUGCGGGCCAUGUGCCUACUUGUGUUUGAUGUCCUCAAUGCCACAUUUGAAAAUGUAGUCUGUUAUGAGAAGACAGAUGAUGUCUCGGAGAAGACUUCGUUGGCUGACCAGGAGGAAGUAAGGACGAUCUUCAUCAACCAGCCCCAGCUGACAAAAUUCUGCAAUAACCAUGUCAGCACUGCAAAAUACAACAUAAUCACAUUCCUCCCAAGAUUCCUCUACUCUCAGUUCAGAAGAGCUGCUAAUUCAUUUUUUCUCUUUAUUGCACUGCUUCAGCAAAUACCUGAUGUGUCACCUACAGGUCGUUACACAACACUGGUUCCUCUCUUAUUUAUUUUAGCUGUGGCAGCCAUCAAAGAGAUAAUAGAAGAUAUUAAACGACAUAAAGCUGAUAAUGCCGUGAACAAGAAACAGACACAAGUUUUGAGAAAUGGUGCUUGGGAAAUUGUUCACUGGGAAAAGGUGGCAGUAGGGGAGAUAGUGAAAGUGGCCAAUGGGGAACACCUCCCAGCAGACCUCAUCAGUCUGUCCUCAAGUGAGCCCCAGGCCAUGUGCUACAUAGAAACAUCCAACUUAGAUGGUGAAACAAACUUGAAAAUUAGACAGGGCUUACCAGCAACCUCGGAUAUCAAAGACAUUGACAGUUUGAUGAGGAUUUCUGGCAGAAUUGAGUGUGAAAGCCCAAACAGACAUCUCUAUGAUUUUGUUGGAAACAUAAGGCUGAAUGGACAUGGCACUGUUCCACUGGGAGCUGAUCAGAUUCUUCUUCGAGGUGCUCAGUUGAGAAAUACACAGUGGGUUCACGGAAUAGUUGUCUACACUGGACAUGACACCAAGCUGAUGCAGAAUUCAACAAGUCCACCACUCAAGCUCUCAAAUGUGGAACGGAUUACAAAUGUACAAAUUUUGAUUUUAUUUUGCAUCUUAAUCGCCAUGUCUCUUAUCUGUUCUGUGGGCUCAGCCAUUUGGAAUCGAAGGCAUUCUGGAAAGGACUGGUAUCUUAGUCUACACUAUGGCGGUGCUAAUAAUUUUGGACUGAAUUUCUUGACCUUCAUCAUCCUUUUCAACAAUCUCAUUCCUAUCAGCUUGUUGGUUACAUUAGAAGUGGUGAAAUUUACCCAGGCAUACUUCAUAAAUUGGGAUCUCGACAUGCACUAUGAACCCACGGACACUGCUGCUAUGGCUCGAACAUCUAACCUAAAUGAGGAACUUGGCCAGGUUAAAUACAUAUUUUCUGACAAAACUGGGACUCUGACAUGCAAUGUCAUGCAGUUUAAGAAGUGCACCAUAGCAGGAGUUGCUUAUGGCCAUGUCCCUGAGCCUGAGGAUUAUGGCUGCUCUCCUGAUGAAUGGCAGAGCUCACAGUUUGGAGAUGAAAAAACAUUUAGUGAUUCAUCAUUGCUGGAAAAUCUUCAAAAUAAUCAUCCAACUGCCCCUAUAAUAUGUGAAUUUCUUACGAUGAUGGCAGUCUGUCACACAGCCGUGCCAGAGCGAGAAGGUGAUAAGAUUAUUUACCAAGCAGCAUCUCCAGAUGAAGGAGCAUUGGUUAGAGCAGCUAAGCAGCUGAAUUUCGUUUUCACUGGAAGAACACCUGACUCCGUGAUUAUAGAUUCACUGGGGCAGGAAGAAAGAUAUGAGUUGCUCAAUGUCCUGGAGUUCACCAGCGCUAGAAAAAGAAUGUCAGUGAUUGUUCGCACUCCAUCCGGGAAGUUACGACUCUACUGCAAAGGAGCUGAUACUGUGAUUUAUGACCGACUGGCAGAGACUUCCAAAUAUAAAGAAAUUACCCUAAAACAUCUAGAGCAGUUUGCUACAGAAGGGCUAAGGACCUUGUGUUUUGCUGUGGCUGAGAUUUCAGAAAGCGACUUCCAGGAGUGGCGAGCGGUCUACCAGAGAGCAUCCACGUCGGUGCAAAACAGGCUGCUCAAGCUUGAGGAGAGUUACGAGUUAAUUGAAAAGAAUCUUCAGCUACUUGGAGCAACGGCCAUUGAGGAUAAAUUGCAAGAUCAAGUGCCUGAAACCAUAGAAACUCUAAUGAAAGCAGACAUCAAGAUCUGGAUCCUCACAGGAGACAAGCAAGAAACUGCCAUUAACAUUGGACACUCCUGCAAACUCUUGAAGAGGAACAUGGGAAUGAUUGUUAUAAAUGAAGGCUCUCUUGAUGGAACAAGGGAAACUCUCAGUCGUCACUGCACUACCCUUGGCGAUGCCCUUCGAAAAGAGAAUGAUUUUGCUCUUAUAAUUGAUGGGAAAACCCUGAAGUAUGCCUUAACCUUUGGAGUACGACAAUAUUUCCUAGAUUUAGCUUUGUCAUGCAAAGCUGUCAUUUGCUGCAGGGUUUCUCCUCUUCAAAAAUCAGAAGUCGUUGAGAUGGUUAAGAAGCAAGUCAAAGUCAUAACACUCGCCAUCGGUGACGGAGCCAAUGAUGUCAGUAUGAUCCAGACGGCGCACGUGGGUGUGGGUAUCAGUGGCAAUGAAGGCCUGCAGGCAGCUAACUCUUCUGACUACUCCAUAGCGCAGUUCAAGUAUUUGAAGAAUUUAUUGAUGGUUCAUGGGGCCUGGAACUACAACAGAGUCUCCAAGUGCAUCUUGUACUGUUUCUACAAGAAUAUAGUACUCUAUAUUAUCGAGAUCUGGUUUGCCUUUGUCAAUGGCUUUUCUGGACAGAUCCUCUUUGAGAGAUGGUGUAUAGGUCUUUACAAUGUGAUGUUUACAGCAAUGCCUCCCUUAACUCUUGGAAUAUUUGAGAGAUCAUGCAGAAAAGAGAACAUGCUGAAGUACCCUGAAUUAUACAAAACGUCUCAGAACGCCCUGGACUUCAACACCAAGGUUUUCUGGGUUCAUUGUUUGAAUGGCCUCUUCCACUCGGUCAUCCUGUUUUGGUUUCCACUCAAAGCCCUUCAGUAUGGUACUGUGUUUGGGAAUGGGAAGACCUCAGAUUACCUGCUGCUGGGAAACUUUGUCUACACAUUUGUGGUGAUAACUGUGUGUUUAAAAGCUGGAUUGGAGACAUCAUACUGGACAUGGUUCAGCCACAUAGCGAUAUGGGGCAGCAUCGCACUCUGGGUGGUGUUUUUUGGAAUCUACUCAUCUCUGUGGCCUGCUGUUCCAAUGGCCCCUGAUAUGUCGGGAGAGGCAGCCAUGUUGUUCAGCUCCGGAGUCUUUUGGAUGGGCCUGCUGUUCAUCCCUGUGGCCUCGCUGCUCCUGGACGUGGUGUACAAGGUUAUCAAGAGGACUGCUUUUAAGACAUUAGUUGAUGAGGUGCAGGAGCUGGAAGCAAAGUCUCAAGACCCAGGAGCAGUUGUGCUUGGAAAAAGCCUCACCGAGCGGGCGCAACUGCUCAAGAACGUCUUUAAGAAGAACCAUGUGAACUUGUACCGGUCUGAAUCGCUGCAGCAAAACCUGCUCCAUGGAUAUGCUUUCUCUCAAGAUGAAAAUGGGAUUGUUUCACAGUCUGAAGUGAUUCGGGCAUAUGAUACCACGAAACAGAGGCCGGAUGAGUGGUGACAGGGAGGAGCUGAGAGGCAGGCUCUGCUCUGUCUCGAAGGAGAGCUACCCAGUUGUCACCAGGCUCAGCUGACCAGUUCCAGUCUGGCUCAUGGAGAGGGAGGGCGAAUCUAAGCUCAUCUUGUUGAUGAACAUUUCAGAUUCAUGUAUAUGAUAGACAUAAGCACUGUGCCACUGUACUGUAACACCAUCUCCUUCCGGAUUUUAAAAGUAUUUGCUAAAUCUUUGUAAACAGAAUGGAAAAUGACCUGGUAUCUUGCCAGAAUGCUUUCGUAAACAGAGAAUAGGUCAGUACCCUAUGCCACUGUCCUGGGGCUGUAACUGACUCUCUGUUUAUUGGCUAUCCCACAAGGUGACCAACCAUGAAAAAAAAUUCUAAAAUGGUAUUUAGCUAAAGGGACUCUUGAUAUCCAAACUUAGAUUCCAGGAUAUGCUGAAACAAACCAGCGUUCUUUAAGGAACUGACUCAUGUUACUGAGCAAAAUUUCUAAACAAGGCGUUAAUAAGCGUUUGUGUCAAAAAUUGUCUUGAUAAAUGUUUGCCAAAGAAGUUCAGUAAGUGUAUUUCUAGUUCAGUAGUCAUUUGCCCGGAAAUUUAAGAGAAAGUUUACUUCCAGUUCUGCUGUAAGAUCUGCAUGCUUGACUUUUCAAAUGUAAGAGUGAUUUGCAAAAAUGAAUAUUUCAAGGCAUUUGCUACUACAAUCUGUGAUGUUGCACCUUUGGCCUUACAAAUGCUUCUUUGUUGUUUGUCUUGUUUAUUUGUUAAAGUUAGAGGAUACAAGUGUUAAUGUGACUCUGUCAUUAUGAUAACUGAUUUUUUUAAAUUGUAUUUAUGUCUCAGUCGUUUCUGAUGAAGUUUCAUCAUAAUUUAGAUUUUUCUAAAUAUCUGGCUUGUGCCGUGGGUUAAGUCAUGUCAUUUUUGUCUUAAAGUUUUCCCUCUUCCGAAAAUUACCCUUACAUAUUUAUGUGGGAUUCCCAAAGCCUCUGUCAAGAUGUUUAAAAUAACACGUCAGAUAAACGCAUGGGCUUUUGUAUUGUACAUAGGCUCAGCUUCUGUAUCGUGGUCUGGUUCUUACUGUUGUUCCCACUUGAGAUGCCUGCUGUCAUGUAGCACAUCCAGUGUUAUGGUGACUGUCCCUAUACAUAAGGCUGAAAAUUACUUCACAGUUCACGUGUCAAGUAGUUCCCAAAAUUAGUCACACGCUGCUUAUUGGGACAAAGAAGUAAUACAUUUUCCCCAUUUAAAAAUACCUAUGUUAUGCAAGCCUGUAACUUUACAUUCAAAGAACACUUUUCAUCACAAGUACGUUUCAUUACAUUUUUAAAUGUGUGUUUCAUUAUUUUCAACAUCUCCAAGACAUCUCCUGAAAAUGCCUAUUUUGCUACCAAAAAUAACUGGUGAAGGAGCUGUUUAAAAACUACAACCAGUUUUCUACACUAUUUUUUAAAUAAUACUUUCAUUUAAAGAAAAAAGGAAUUAUAGUUCUCAGAUACACUUCAGAGAUUGAAGCAAACUAUUUGCCUUUUAUUCAAAAGCCUGUUUGCCUUUAAGUGGACUUACCAGCAAAAUAGGUAGAACUUUCUCUUGUUUAAAAAAAAAAAGGAACUAGAAUUGAGAAGAGAGGUGAUUUUUUUGAAUUGCCCCUUGAGUUUAAUAAUUUCACAUUCUUUUCACCCUUUUUCUCAAUCUAGAUUAAAAUUAGGAGAUAUAUCAUGUUCUUCUCUGUAUUUUAGCUUUUUAGUGACCAGUAUGCCUCUACAUUUUUCUACGAAUAAGAGGUUAUAACACACAUUUAUAACUCUUAACCUAAAGGGAACAAGGAGUUCGCAUAUUUUACUUCCCAAACCUUCUCAUUCAGGGUUCAGAUUAAGAGAAUCAUGAGUCAGACAUCUGGUGAAACUACAGGUAUUUGAGUCUAAGAUCAUCUUCAAAAUUCUGAAAUCACAGACUUUACCCAUCUCCUGAAUGGAUGUUCAGAGAGGCUUCUCCUGGGCCUCGUGGUGGUGAUGGUUGAGGUCAAACCACACACAAAAAAAAUGAGAACACAAGACCGAAGUACAUUCUUCCAGAAAAGCGUUUUGUGGCAAUUACAGAGAAGGGCUUGCCCUAAUCUCAUCAGUGACUUCCUUCUGCAAAGCGUUUAAUAUAAAAACCUUAUGAAUAUAAUAGAACUGGAUUUUCUAACCUAACCAAGAAAACUGUAAGUUUUAUUGUUAUCUUGAAACAUGAGUUGUGUCCAUGGAACUCUUCAACAUGAGAAGAAUGUUCAUGGUUAAUAAUUUACUUUGUGACAUCAUGAUCUAAAAUGUGUCUAACUUAUGCCUUUUGUCCCAUGGUCCUAUUUUUGAAUUAUCAACAUUAAGUCAAUCUCUUUGCUUCUUGGGUGGGAGUAGGGGCAUGGGACAGAGCGUGAGCUCCUUGGCAAAACUUAUGACAUUGCAGUUGCGUGACUUUAUAGUGUUAACUUAAAGAAAACACUCUAAUUUUAUUUUAACCUUUCUUAAUUGGAAAAAAAGUCACAUGGUUUUACCAUGAUUAAAAUAAAGUGACUUUUAACGUGUGUUUUCUGAAAUAAAAGACAUGAACUCUUCAAUUAAAAAGUUCCUCAUAGGGACUCCGGCAAAUGCUAGCACGGUUGCUUUACAAUGUUUACAAUAAGUAGAAAAUACUACUUAUAGUAGAAAAUCCUCAUUUAUUUGGCAUUGAAAAGCUGGAAGUCGCUUCUUUAAUGUUGAAUAUACACAGUGGUAUGGAGCAUGGACUUUCUAAAUGUUUUAUACAUAUACAUAUAAAAAUAUAUUGGUGUCUCACACCCAGAAAGAUGCUAUAUUGUAGAAAUUAUUAGCAAGAAAAGUGUUUCUCAGGAACGUAGUAAAUUUUAAAUGAUGUAUGUACUUCCUGUCUCGCCCACCACCACCUCUGUGCUCUAACUCAAGACUGUUCCCGUAGUGUUGGCUCAGAUGGUGGAAAACGUUUUCUAAUCAAGUCAGGGGAAUGUGUAUUCUGCUAAAUAAUGUUAACCAUUUACAUGAAUUGUACGGUCAUUAAAUGGAAUCAGUGAUUCCUCUUUAAUUUCCGGGGGGGGGAGAUGAAUUAUAGAAAUCAAUCAGCAUUUAUUCUGAUCAUUAAAUUUUAUAUUUUAAUUGUGCAAUUCAGCAUUCUAAAUAUCCAAUACAAAAGUCACAUGAUGAUUUGUUCUACUUUGUGUGGACUGUAUAAAACUUCUAACCUGUAAUUUUAAAUGUUUUUUCAGGAAAUGAGUGCAGUCAGAAAGUCAUAGAUUGUAGCAUUCAUAGUUUUUAAGUUAUUUAUAAAAACAUCAUAAUUAUGACAAAGCUAGAUGGACAUUAGUGUUUAUUUUCAUGCAGUUGUUCUCUGAUAGUUCCUGGUUUUAAAACUUGUUUCAUUAAAUAAAUCUAUAAUCUUAUAACAAUCUACAAAAUAGAUGGAGAAAAUGCCCACCCCUUUUUACAUCAUAUGGACCAGGAAUUCUUUUUGUAAAUUACUUAAGGUAACACCGUACAGGUUAGUGCCUAAUAAAUGCUUUUUAAUGACGAACAUUUCUAUAAUGCCUCAUAAGAUGCCAUCUGAUUUUUCUCACAUUAAAAUAACUGAAGUCACUUGUGAAACUUAAGUUAUAUUUUGCUGCAUUUUAAUUAACCUUCAACAGCUAUUAAAAUGGAAUGUAAGUUAAAUUUUGAAGGAAAUAAAUGUUUUCCAUUUUUCAUCUUGAUUUAUUUUCUGUAUGAGAGCAGCUGUGUUUUUGAUAGGUUUAUGGUUUGCAUGAAUUAAUAUUUAAAGUGAUCCAGGCCAAUGCAUGGCUACCGCUGUAAAUCUUGAUGUUUAUUUCUGCCUUAUAAAAUUCUAUCAUGGCCUACCUGGAAUUUAAUAUUCAGUGGACAAAUUAAUUGGUCCUCCACACAACAUUUUUUAAAAGUAGAUUGUUUUACAAACAAAUUUAAUUGAAUCUUUUGUUUAGCUUGCCUCUAAGAACGUUUCCUAAUAAAGCUCACAAAACUUCUCAGCAAAUAAAUCUCCCUUAAGUAGAAAAAAAGCUAGUUUUCAUAUUUGCUUACUUUGAAUUAACAGCAACUUUCCAUAGGUAUAUCUGCUCUGGCAAAGAUAUGAGCAGCAUAUUUAAAAAUAAUAUAAAUAUUUUUAUGUUUCGUGGCUCUAAAAGAGAAGCCAUAAAUGCAGAAAAUACUGUUUGUUGUUUGUUUAAUGACUUCAAGCUUCAUUUUUCACAUUUUCAAGUUUCUUAGGUUAAAAAAAAAGGCAGCCUUGGAAGGCAGCGACUAUGGAAAACUAGUUCGCAUUAAAGUUAAAGUCAUAUUUUCAGCUCCCUAAAAAAACCAUUCCUGCUGAAACUGCUGUCGAAAUUUUGAAGCUGCAUGACUGGAGAGUAUUGAACCUGUGGUGUUCGUAGUUUUCUCAGGUUUGUUUAUCUUGAUGUUCGAUGCACUGUGUUUUAUAAAUAGUUAUUAAAGUUGAGUAAUAUCAUUUCUAUGCAGUGUUAUGUGUCAUUGGCCUUUUGUGAAUGUGCAUGUUUUAAACUGCAAAUUUUAAACAUUUUGUCCUCUAAUUGUUAUUAAAUAAACUUUACCAUUACAUAAA